ACCAGGGAAGCGUUGGGCUACUAACGACCCGGGCUCGAGUGGCGGGCAGGGAAGAAAAGCCGGUACUCCCUGGCGCGGCUGAAAGCCAUAGCGACUCCGCUCAGCGAGGCUCCCCAGGGCUACGGGGUGUUCGGUUUUUCCAGAACCCUUCGGUGUUCGGAAUAAACAUGCACCCCGAGACUUUGGAGCCCGCGGCGGAGGGGCCAGAGGAGCAGGACUGCGUGCAGGAGCCCGGCGUGGAGCAGGGCGUGGAGGAGUCUGCGGGUGACCACGGGAACGCAGGCCAAGGAGACCGCAAAGAAGAAAUUAAUGAUCCUAAGGAAACGUGUGCGGGUCCUUCUGACACAUCCUACCAAAGCGAGCAGAAACAGAGUGGUGACAGCAGGUCACAUAGUUGCUUAGAACACCAGAGAGAUGACAAGGAAAAUUAUGGCCCCAGAAUGACUAAAAGUUUCCUGCAAAAACUCUGCAAGCAACACAAGCUUUAUAUUACCCCAGCAUUGAAUGAUACACUGUAUUUACAUUAUAAAGGUUUCGAUCGCAUUGAGAACUUGGAAGAGUACACGGGCCUGCGCUGCCUCUGGCUGGAGUGCAAUGGAAUACAGAAAAUUGAAAACCUGGAGGCCCAAACCGAAUUGCGUUGCCUCUUCUUGCAAGUGAACUUGCUUCAUAAAAUCGAGAACCUAGAAUCUCUGCAGAAACUGGAUGCUCUUAACCUCAGCAACAAUUACAUCAAGACCAUUGAAAACCUCUCCUGUCUGCCCGUCCUGAACACGCUCCAGAUAGCGCACAAUCACUUAGAGACGGUGGAAGAUAUUCAGCAUCUAAAGGAGUGUUUGAAACUUUGCGUCCUCGAUCUUUCCCACAAUAGGCUGAGUGAUCCCGAGAUCCUGGGCAUUCUGGAGUGCAUGCCCGAUUUGCGUGUCCUGAAUUUGAUGGGAAACCCGGUUAUUAAGCUCAUUCCUAACUAUCGAAGGACAGUCACUGUUCGACUAAAACACUUAACAUUCCUGGACGAUAGACCAGUUUUUCCAAAGGACAGAGCUUGUGCAGAGGCCUGGGCUAGGGGAGGGUAUGAAGCUGAGAAAGAGGAGAGAUGUCAGUGGGAGAGCAGAGAACAGAAGAGGAUCACGGACAGCUUGGAGGCCUUGGCAAUGAUCAAGCGGCGGGCUGCAGAGAGAAAGCGGCAGAAAGAGAGCCAAGAGAAAGGGGAGGUGCCAGCGCCAGACAAGAAGGAGAACGUGGAUGUUGAUGUGGAAGGGAAGGCAGAGCCUUGUGAGGAUGAAGAAAGGCAGCAGGAAAUGGAGCUGUUUGUCAAGGAAAGCUUCCAGGCCAAGGAUGAGCUCUUCCCGGAAACGCCAAGUCUCUUAGAGGAUCUGCCUGCAGAAGUCAAUGCAGAGGUUGAAGACCAGGAGCCACGAGGGGCUCUCCCACCUGAGGCCCCCAGGGCAGCGACCCUGGGAGCCGCCUGGGAAGAAUUGACUCCUCAGACGGUGGCCAGUGAAGGUGCAUCAGGUGCAGAACUUGAUGAGGAUCUGGAAACCAUUAUGCUGGACACAGAGGAGAAGCUCUUCAUCGAUGACCUACCAGACUUGGAAGAUGUUGACGCAGGCGAAUUUCUGGAAGGCCAGGACAAGACAAUGUGCUCUCCAAAGAUUACAGCCAUCUCGAGCUUAAGUGAUGACAGUGACCCUGAGCUGGACUACACCUCAGUCUCAGGGCUGGGAAACACGUCCACAGACACCCUUUCACAUAUAUUCGCAAUCUCCAAGGACACCUCCAGGAAGGCUGAGACUCCCUUUACACACAUAUUGAAAGCAGCAGCAAAGAGCGACUUGGAAACCCAAAGCAAAGAAACCAAGUGCCCACGCCCGCUGAUUCAGGAGCUCAAUGACGACGAGCCUUCAGGCCAUGUACCAAUGCCCCCAACCUGCAAAAGGGACGCCACACCACCCCUCUCCAGUGAGGAUGGGGACAGUGAUCUACUUUCGGCCUCUCCUCCAGGAAACCACACUGGAAAGGAUGGAGUGCCAUCUGAGAUGGAGCCCCAGGAGGCUGCGGAGCCCAAGGUAGAGGAGCAGGAGGACAUUGAAUACGGCUUAGACUGAACCCCCAGCAGCCCCUCUGCCCUUGGCCAAAC